AACGUGUUACUCUCUAUCUCUACAAAGAAAAAAUCAUGAGUAAUCCCGAGAAGUCCAAAAUUAAUGAGGAAGACAUUAUUGAAAAUUCUGACGAGAGUGAUUAUCUUUGGAGCGAUGAAGAAGGAGAAAUCCGUGAAAUUGUUCUUGCCCUUCCUGCACUGAGACUCAGUGAGAGUCUCCAUGUGGACGAAACCAUCCGUAACGAAGCCGCUGCCGCGGCGAAUUUGAUUGUGGCAGCCGUCGAAGAAGCGGCGGGGAAGACAGAUCAAAUUGCAAGUGGUAUUGGUAACGCUAGUGGGACUCCCAAUAGUAAAAAAAUUGGUAGGCCACGUGUCUUAUUGGAAGCUGAAGCCGCAGCGUCUGGUUCUACCGCCAUUGGGACGACAAGUACUGAAAGAGAGGUAGUGAAGAAACCCCGUAGGAAAGGUUCUACCCAGUUGACUCAUCUACCUCAAGGCCCUCCUAUGUGUAAUGUUUGUGGGAAGGGCUUUGCUUCUUGGAAGGCCGUUUUUGGACAUUUAAGGCAGCAUAAAGAUCGUGGUUAUCUAGGUUUUCUUCCUCCGCCAACAUUCAAUGCGGCUGAGGAAGGAUUUGGUGGAGUCGCUACUGUUUCUUCCGCUGUUGGAGUCGCUACUGCUUCUUCCGCUGUUGGAGUCGCCAUUGCUUCCUCCGGUGGCGGAGUCGCUACAGCUUGUGCCGCUGGUGGAGUCGCUACAUCUUCUUCCGCCGGUGGAGUUCCUACUGCUUCUUCCGGUGGUGGAAAGUUAGGUACAGGCACCGGAGCUGUGGGGAUCGAUCUGAACAAAGAUCCCAUCGAGGAGGAAGACAAGGCACCUGGACCUAAACGAAAAUUUGAUCUUAAUAGGUCUCCUCCACAAGACGAUGAAGAAGAGAAGGACGAGAAAGCCGAGUGAAGGCUUUGGAUGAUUCUAAACAUUUGAGGAUUAUUUCCUUUUUCUUUAUUUGAUGGAUUCUUUGUUUAAUUUCAACAUGUGGGCAUGCAUGCGAAAAACUCUUCCUUAGUUAUAUUUUUUUCUUCGGUUUGUCGCAUUGAAGUACCUAAUCUAUGAUAUUGUUACUUAAAAUUCUAUGUUAUGGUGCAA